AAAGCGCCGGAAAAGUGGUGAGAGUGGACCAUGUGACAGUAUGCUCUAUUGCAGUUUAAACCUUGUGACUAGAAGCAAAAAAGGUAUUAAGUUAAUGAAACCCUGAAAACGGAGUUUGCGGUACAAAGAAGAGAGGAAAUCUUGAGGGAGGAAGUCAAAUUUGACCUGGCCCAAGUGACGUUCAGUGUAAUAUCUUUAGUAGUUUACGUCAUCUGAAUGUUUAUUUUAAAGAGAUUUCUAUUCUUCAAUUGUACAUCUUCUGUGCUCCUUCGAAUUCCUUACCCUGUUGGCAAUAAAAAAACGUGCUUUUACAGUGUAUGGAGUAAAAACUCUGAUUUAAUCCAGCCUUGGUGCCAAAUCAGAUCAAGUAUGUCAUUGAAUACGGCAGCAACCGAGAGAAGGGGUUCGAAAAAAGCUAAUCAACGCAAAGACAUUUUGAGGCACAUAAAGUCUAGAGAACAGAGGAAAAACGCGGACCUCCACGGACCUGCUACUGUUUAUGUACAAGUUGUGGGAGCAGGGAGUCGAGACAAUGGGGCUACGUUAUACGUGUUUUCUGAGUACAACAGGUAUCUCUUCAACUGUGGAGAAGGAACACAGCGAUUAAUGCAGGAACACAAGCUGAAAGCAGCCCGUUUGGACAACAUUUUUCUAACAAGAAUGAGUUGGCAGAAUGUUGGAGGACUGGCAGGGAUGAUAUUAACACUGAAAGAUACUGGGGUCCCUCAGUGUGUGCUUUCUGGACCGCCGCAGUUGGAGAAAUAUGUGAAUGCCAUUCGUGUAUUUUCUGGACCAUUGGAAGAAAUCAAAUUAGCUGUACGACCCUACACAGAACCAGAAUACUCUGAUGAAACAAUGACUGUUCAUCAGGUACCUAUAUUUGCCAAACUAAAGCCAGACAAAAGGAAGCAUUCCCCCAGUCCGGAGAGAGGCAGCCCCAGUUGCUCUUCUCCGCCACGCCCUCCGCGGGCUGAAUGCUGGAAACCGGGUGGCUUGGAGGAAAUCCCGACUGAGCGAAUGAUGGGGAGGAGUCGCAGUCCAGGUGGAAGUCCCAAAACAACAAGAGAUCCUUCUUUGGUUGUUGCUUUUGUUUGUAAGCUUCAUCCAAAAAAGGGGAAUUUCCUGGUGUUUAAAGCCAAAGAACUUGGAUUACCAGUAGGUACAGCAGCUAUAGGCCCCAUCAUCGCAGCCCUUAAGGAUGGGAAAAGUGUAAACUAUGAAGGGAAAGAGAUUAAGCCUGACGAGGUGUGCACUCCUAGAGACCCUGGUCCAGUCUUCAUUGUGGUAGAGUGUCCAUCUGAAGAAUUUAUUGAUCCAAUCAGUACCAAUCCACAACUGAACAGGUAUCAGUGCAAUGGAACAGAAGGCUCUCCAUCAUUGGUAGUUCAUAUUACUCCAGAAUCUGUUUUGGAUACAGACACCUAUAAGACAUGGAUGGAAAGGUUUGGCCCGACAACUGAGCAUCUAAUUUUAAAUGAACAGGUGAACACAGUUCACAACAUUCGGAGCCACAAGAUUCAGACUCAGCUCAAUUUAAUUCACCCAGAGAUAUUUCCAACACUAAAAAAUUACACCACAAAGGACAAACAAACUGUGUUACAUCUCCCUAAUGUCAGAGGGGAGUGUCUGCUUAAAUUCCAGCUGAGACCCAAGACCGAGUGGCAAAGAGACGCAAUUCCUUUGUGUGACUACGCAGAGUUUAUUAAAGAAGCAUCAGAGCUUCCUGGUUUUCUUAAAGAAGUAGAGGAAUGUAAAAAAUCUCUGUCCACAGAUGCCUCAGAUUUAUCUGGUAGAGCUGAGAGGUACCCAGAGGUAGUCUUUCUGGGCACUGGAUCUGCUCUUCCUAUGAAGAUUAGGAAUGUCAGUGCAACUCUGCUGAACAUUAGCCCUACUCAGUGUGUCCUGCUGGAUUGUGGGGAAGGUACUUUUGGACAGCUGUGUCGUCACUAUGGCAACAGUGUUGACGAAGUUCUGUGCAACUUAUCAACGGUCUUCAUUUCACACAUGCAUGCAGAUCACCACACAGGAUUAUUGAAUUUGCUUUUACAGAGGGAGAGAGCUUUGAAUUCUGUUGGUAGACCAUUUACCCCCAUUUAUCUGGUGGCUCCCAUUCAGAUUAUGAUAUGGCUCAACCAAUAUCACGACCACUGCCAGGAGAUUCUCAGCCACAUCAACAUUAUCCCCACGCAGUUACUUGUUGAGGGAGCCGAGGUGACCAAAUCCAGAACCAAGUCUUUCAUUCAUGCCCUGCACAAGAUGUCCGAUUUGGAGAAGUUCCAGACCUGCAUGGUUCAUCACUGUAAGAAUGCCUUUGCCUGUUCCCUCACACAUCUGUCUGGGUGGCAGGUAGUCUUUUCUGGGGACACAAUGCCAUGUGAAGACCUGGUGCAAAUGGGAAAGAAUGCUACUUUACUUAUUCAUGAAGCUACACUAGAGGAUGGAAUGGAAGAUGAGGCUGUUGAAAAGAGACACAGUACUACCUCACAAGCUAUUGGGAUUGGAAUGAAAAUGAAUGCAGAGUUCAUCAUGCUGAACCACUUCAGUCAGAGAUAUGCAAAAAUCCCCCUCUUUAGUUCAGAUUUCAAUGAAAAGGUUGGAAUAUCUUUUGAUCACAUGAAGAUACGAUUUGGUGACUUUGGAGCCAUACCGAGACUUGUGCCACCGUUGAAAGCACUCUUUGCAGAGGAGAUUGAGGAAAUGGUAGAAAGACGGGGAAAACGGGAACUGAAACAGAUGAAAGAAGCCAGUUUGGAGUGUCUGCACUCUGGCCAGCUUAACGUCGAAGAGAUGGGGGGUCUUGCAGUAUCAGGAGAGACAAGCAAAAGAGCACAGAGCUCCCCCGUGGGUGGCAGUAAACGAGAGCCAGAAGAGGAAAGGCAGGACGUGGGAAGCAAAAGACUGAAAGCUAGCUAAGAAGACAAGGAAAGGUGUUCAGUUUAUUUAAAAAGAAAAAUGUAAGCUACUAUAAUUAAGAAUUUAAUUUUUUAAUAUCGGAUAUUUGUGAGCUUGAAGUUCCAAGAACAUUUACACAUGAAAUGAUGCUGUAUAACUAAUAGUAGCAAAAGCUUUGAUUUUGUGAAAGUGCUUUUAUUGCCGUUAAUAAAGUUAAUUUAUUUUGCCAUCUUACUUUUUGUUUAAAUCCUCUCCUUUUCUAGUUAAAACCAUUUUUUAAAACAGUUUAAAAAAAACUGACAUUUAUUUAAAGACGAGCAGCAUGGCAAGAAAGAUUUAACUCUAAAUGUAGCUUACAUUGCAAAUAAUGGACUGUAUGAAUGUGUAAAUUAUUCAGCAAGAUCUUUACAAGAAAUGUUUUUGGAGUUAAAAAGUUAUUGAGGUGUUAAGCUUGUAUAUUAUGUUAAGAGAUGUCAAGACUUCAUUUUCACACUGUGUCAACAAAACACUGUUAAUGUCUUAUGGAAAUAAAAAUGGGCAAAAAGAAA